GAGCCCUUUCCCAAGGGCGUGCACGCGGCACCUCUCCUUGUGCGUGUGCCAACCCCUUCCACUAUGGCACUCAUCCUCGUCACCGCCGUCGUCGCCAUCCUCAUGAUGCACAGCGUGGCCAUCGGCGCCUCCGACACCGACCUCCUCCUCAAGUUCAAGGAGUCCCUUCAGGUAAACAACGACGCCUUAUCGUCAUGGAAUUCAACAACGCCUCCAUGUAACGGAGCGAAGGCGAAUUGGCCUCACAUUUUGUGCUAUAACGGGAACACAUGGGGGAUAAAGCUCGAGAGGAUGGGGAUCAAAGGAUCCAUCGAUGUGGACGCCUUGAAGGGUCUACCAUAUCUGAGGACACUUAGUCUCAUGCACAAUAAUCUUGAAGGCUCGUGGCCGGAGCUCAACAAAUUGCCGGGAUUGAAGGCGAUCUAUCUUUCCGAUAACCAUUUCUCCGGAGAGAUUCCGACCGAUGCCUUCGCCGGUUUGCAAUGGCUGAAGAAGAUUUACUUGUCCAAUAACAAGUUUAGUGGUCCGUUGCCAAGUUCGUUAUCCACAAUGCCAAGGCUUAGAGAGCUGAGGUUGGAGGGAAACCAAUUCAGUGGAAAUAUUCCGAGUAUGCCACCGACAUUGAGAUCAAUGAGCCUCGCUGAUAAUAAAUUACAGGGACAAAUACCUUCCGAUUUGACCAAGUUUCCUCGUGCAUCUUUCGCCGGUAACAAAAAGUUAUGUGGAGCGCCAUUACGUAACAAAUGUCCGUCGAAUAAGACAUCAUUAGCGAGCAUAAUAGUGCUUGCUAUAUUUGCUGCGGUGGCAAUAUUUGUGAUUGCAGCAGUGAUAGUACUCCUUCUUCACAGAAAAAAACAAAGACAACAACGCAGAGAGCCUUCUUCUUCAUUCGAGAGUCCAUCAAUACCGUCAAGCUUCCACAAGAAAGUAGGAGAUCUUUCCGAUGAUGGUGGUAGCCACAGGUCUUUAAGGUCAACUGGAUCUUCCCGUGGAAGCAAGAAACAUAGCAUGAGGUUGUCAUUUGUGAAGAGGGAGGAUGACAGGGAAGAGUUUGAUAUGCAAGAUCUUUUGAAGGCCUCUGCUGAAAUUUUGGGCAGUGGUUGUUACAGUUCAUCCUAUAAGGCUUCUUUGUUAAGUGGACCAAUGGUGGUUGUGAAAAGAUUCAAGCAGAUGAACAAUUGCAAUAAGGAAGAUUUUCAAGAACACAUGAGAAGGAUUGGGAUGUUGAGUCAUCCUAAUUUGCUUCCUUUGGUAGCUUACUACUACAGAAGGGAAGAGAAGCUCUUGAUUACUGAUUUUGUUCCUAAUGGCAGCUUGGCUGUUCGCCUUCACGGACACCAAGCAUUGGGGCAACCAAGCCUUGAUUGGCCAACAAGAUUAAAGAUAGUGAAAGGCAUAUCAAAAGGUCUUGAAUAUCUAUACAAAGAGAUGCCAAGUCUAAUAGCACCACAUGGACAUCUAAAAUCAUCAAAUGUUCUUCUAAAUGAAAACUAUGAACCAGUCCUAACAGAUUAUGGUUUAGUGCCGGUGAUUAAUCAAGAGCUUGCAUCAGACAUUAUGGUAAUUUACAAGUCACCAGAGUAUUUGCAACAAGGCAGAGUUACAAAGAAGACUGAUGUUUGGAGCCUUGGGAUCUUAAUCUUGGAGAUCCUAACUGGAAAAUUCCCAGCAAAUUUCUUGCAACAAGGGAGAGGGAGUGAAUUGAGCUUAGCAAAUUGGGUUGAUUCAGUUGUUCCUGAAGAGUGGAGUAGUGAGGUUUUUGAUAAAGAAAUGGGUGCAAGCAAAGAAAAUGAGGUUGAGAUGGCAAAGCUAUUAAGGAUUGCAUUGGCUUGUUGUGAAGCUGAUGUUGAAAAGAGAUUGGAUGUCAAAGAAGCUGUGGAUAGAAUCCAAGAGGUGAAGGAGAGUGGUGAAAUUGAUCUUAAUUAAUAAUAAUAUAUAAUGGGGGAGAUUAAUUAAUAUAUGAGUUGAUCUUCUUAAUUAUGAUAUGAAUAUGAUGAAGCUGACAACAAAGUCUUGUUUCAAAGGCUAAGUGAGAUUAGAUUAUGAUGAUGAUUUGGAUCAGGAUGUGUAGAUGAUGAUUACAAUUGGGUUUGAGAAAAAAGUGUGCUAGGCAUGAAAGAAUUGGUUGGAAUGGUUCAUCCAUGUAUUUAGUUUGUAUCAUUAUUGGGUUUUCCAAAUUUGUUUAUUCUUUUAAAACUUUUUCUUUUUUCUUUCUU